ACUGCAAAAACAUUGAAAUUGCACGUACUACUUAGGGGUCAGUGUUUGUAGGUGACAAAAAUAGAUCUGUGUAAAUAGUUAUAAAUAACUGAUGAUUGAUAUCUAAAAAGGAAGCAUUGGCAAACAAGUGGAAACAUUUAUAUUCCAUCGGUAAUCGCAUAAGGAUAUUAGGAAAAAGAAGAAUAUGAAGUUCCUGCAGUGUAUUGUACUUCUCUGUCUAUGGACAGCUGCUGUAGCAGAAUUUGUGGACUCCGACGCGACCUGUUCCAUCAACAACGGUCAGUGUGAGACUCGGUGCACUUGCAAUGAAGGGUACACGCACAUGAACGAGAAAUGUAUUGCCAAAGUUGGAACAGAUUGUACAAUGAAUACCGACUGUGUUCUCGAUGCUUCAUGCACUGGUCCUGCGGGUUCCCAAAAGUGUCAGUGUCCGAAUUCCUUGGUACCCAGCUUUAAUGAUACCAAAUGCAGAGUACAAGUGGACAAAGCAUGUAACAGCUCAAUAGAAAAUGCUUGCAUUGCCAACGCGGAGUGCAAGGUGGCGGCUGGAAAUGACUCAGUGUGCAAGUGCCGGAAUAAAUAUUCCAUGUACAAAAACAAUUCCCAGUGUUCAGGAGACGUUGGAGCUGAGUGCAAGGAUUCCAGUGAUUGCACGGUGCACAGUGAGUGUAGAACGUCAGGGACCUGUGCCUGCAUGGACAAGUACACGUCUUCUUCUGACAACAAGACAUGCAUUGGUUAUGUUGGAGCUGAGUGUGAUGACGUCAGUCAGUGUAUUGAUCAUGCGGUAUGUAGCGGUCGGAAAUGUAAAUGUGCCGACGACUAUGAAGGGGACAAAAUCUGCAAAAAGAAAGACACGCUGCCUUUACCUCGCUGGGCAAUUAUUCUGAUUGCUGUCGGCGGAGGAAUAUUUCUUAUUGGAUUAAUUGUUCUGAUUAUCUACUGUUGUUGUUGUCGUCGUCGUCGCGCUGAGGAAUAGAUCAUCAUUAGUUUGUACUGAAUUAAGAACGAUGGAAAGAAAAUCAAAAAAACUCCAAUACCAAUAUUCUUUUUUUAUGUACAUUGUGAUAAUUGUUAUAUAAAAAUAUAUAAUCCUUCACGAAAAUGUUAUUUAUUCAUAUUCUUGUAUUAUUUUGUGAGUAUUGUAUUAAACAAAAUACACAUACCUUGAUAAAGACUGUGUUAUCUUUU